CAGGGCGUCGGGGCCAUGGGGCGGCCGGGGGGGCUCCUGCUGCUGCCGCUGCUGCUGUCGCUGCCGAGCGGGGCCGGGGCAGGGUCCUGCGAGCCCCAGGCGUCCUGCGAGGCGUGUGUGCGCUCCCACCCGCGAUGCGCCUGGUGCGAGGACCCGGAUUUCACGCGGGGGGGGCAGGCGGAGGCCACGCGCUGCGCCCCGCGGGACGCUCUGGAGCGCGCCGGGUGCCCCCCCAGAGCCGUGAUCGACCCCCGCGGCAGCGUGUGGGUGCUGCAGGAUGCGGAGCUGGGUGCCGGCGGGGGGCAGAGGGGGCCAACUCAGCUCCGGCCCCAGAGCGUCCAGCUGCGGCUCCGGCCCGGGGAGGAGCAGAGCUUCCAGGUGCGGUUCCGACGGGCACCGGGGCACCCCGUGGACCUCUACUACCUGAUGGACCUGUCGUACUCCAUGAAGGAUGACCUGGAGAACGUCCGCAGGCUGGGCAGCGACCUCCUGGCCGCGCUGCGCAACGUCAGCUCCUCCGUCCGCAUCGGUUUCGGCUCCUUCGUGGACAAGACGGUGCUGCCCUACGUCAGCACGGUGCCGUCCAAGCUGCGCAACCCGUGCCCCGAGCGGCAGGAGCCCUGUGACCCGCCGGCCGCCUUCCGACACGUCCUGUCGCUGACGGGCGACGCCGCGGCCUUCGCCGCCCGGGUGAGCCGCCAGCGCAUCUCCGGCAACCUGGACGCGCCCGAGGGCGGCUUCGACGCCAUCCUGCAGGUGGCUGUGUGCGAGGAGCGCAUCGGCUGGCGCCCGGUCACCCGCCUGCUGGUCUUCGCCUCAGACGACACUUUCCACAUGGCUGGGGACGGGAAGCUGGGCGGCAUCGUCCUGCCCUCUGACACCCGCUGCCACCUGGAUGCCCACGGGGUCUACACCAGGAGCCACCUCUACGACUACCCCUCGGUGGGACACUUGGCCCAGGUGCUUUCGGCUGCCAACAUCCAGCCCAUCUUUGCCGUGACAGGUCCCACCGUGCCUGUCUAUCAGGAGCUGAGCCGCCUGAUCCCCAAGUCGGUGGUGGGGGAGCUGCGGGAGGACUCCAGCAACGUGGUGCAGCUCAUUGCUGACGCCUACAACAGCCUCUCGUCCACGGUGGAGCUGCAGCACUCGCCACUGCCCCCUGGCAUCAGCCUCAGCUACGAGUCCCACUGCGGGGGACCCCCGGGACCCCCCCGGCCCCACGGUGGCAUCUGCACUGGUGUCCUUGUCAACCAGGAGGUGACCUUCACAGUGCGGGUGCGGGCGGACGCCUGCCUGAGCACUCCCCAGCGUGUGGGGCUGCGGGUGCUGGGCUUCGCCGAGGAGCUGAGCCUGGAGCUGGACACCCUGUGCGAGUGCUCCUGCACCCACCAUCAGCCCCAGGUCCACCUCUGCCACGGCGGGACCCUCCUCUGCGGGGUCUGCAGGUGCCCGGAGGGUCGCCGGGGCCGUCGGUGCGAGUGUGAGGGAGUGGAGGAGGAGGGGGGCUGCCGACCCCCCAACAGCACCGGCCCCCCCUGCAGCGGGAGGGGUCGCUGCGUGUGCGGCGCCUGCGAAUGUCCCCCGGGGCUGAGCGGGAGCCUCUGCGAGUGCGACAGCGGCAGCUGCGAGCGGCACGGGGGGCUGCCCUGCGGAGGCCCGCAGCGAGGGGAGUGCGUGUGCGGGACGUGCCGCUGCCGGGACGGCUUCGGGGGCAGCGGCUGCGGGUGCGCGCUGGGCCGGGAGAGCUGCGUGAGCGGCGGCCGCGAGUGCAGCGGCCACGGGAGCUGCGUGUGCGGGACCUGCCGCUGCCAGCCCGGCUACGUGGGACCCCUCUGCGCCCACUGCCCCUCUUGCCGCACCCCCUGCCAGCGCCUCCGGUGA